GCGCUCCGGGCUGGUUCUCGCAGUGCGGCGCGGUUGGGUUGGCGAUGGCGGUCAGCGGGCCGGCGCUGGCCAUGGGGCGGGGGGCGGCAGCGGGGGCCGCGCUGGUGGCACUGCUGCUGCUGGGAGCCCCCCCGGCUGCGGGCGCCGAGCUCUCGGGGGUGUUCCAGGAGAUGGCAAUGCACGAGUGUCACUUCAUUAACGGCACGGAGAAGGUGAGGUUCGUGGAGCGGUACAUCUACAACCGGCUGCAGGACGUGAUGUUCGACAGCGACGUGGGGCUGCACGUGGGGUUCACCCCCGCUGGGGAGAAGUGGGCCAGGGACUGGAACAAUGACCCGCAAUGGAUGGAGUACCAGCGAACUACGGUGGACAGGUACUGC